AUGGCUCGCGUUACUGUCGAUGGAAGCUGGAAUCCAGAGACUUCGCGUAUGGGCUGUAGCAUGUACGUGUUUGAUGUUGCGGACCGGUGGUUAUUGGGAGCUUCUGAAAGCCAUGGUGCGGGUGAUGCUUUCCUUGCAGAGCUGUUAGCAGUGGAACUUGGUUUACAGGCUUGUUGGGAUAUGGGACUGCGACAAGUCAUGUGCUGCACAGAUUGCUCUAUGGUGGUGGAAGUCAUGCAGGUUGAUGCCAGCGUUGGUCAGUUUUGGGCUCGCGAUGUUAUUCGCCGUGUUCAAGGUUUGCUCCGUCGAGAUUGGCGGGUGGUUAUGCAGCUCAUUCCUCGUGAGAAGAAUUCUGCAGCAGACUCGUUAGCACGACAAGCUUCCCGGGAAGCUUCUCCUAGAUGCUACUGGCGACAUCCACCUGUUGGUGUUAGUGCUUUACUGAUGCAAGAUGCUAUAGCGUAG